AUGGGCGAUUCAUCACCGAUCGAGAUCGUUGGAGAUAUGUUUUCGGAGGAUGAAGCCGAAUAUGAUGUCGUAAUUGUUGGUGCCGGCAUCUCCGGCCUAACAGCAGCAAAUGAGCUUCGCAAGCGAGCUCCCGAUCUUAAGAUCCUCAUCGUCGAAGCAAAAGAUCGAGUCGGCGGCCGAACAUUCACCACCAAAAUACGAUCCGCCGGCGAAAAGCUGGAUGAUUUUGACUUGGGAGGUCAAUGGGUUGGCCGCACACAGACGCAUAUUCUGGAAGUGCUGCAGGAAUUGGGUUUAGAGACGUACGAACAGUUCGAG